AGGAUCACGAUGGGUAGUAGUAGUGCGCAAGCAUCCCAACAAUAUGAAGGAGUGCUACAGCGAAGUAAUAAUUGUCUUGUUUUGUUGCGGCAGUUGAGAAAUAGAGUAACACGAUUACACAACCUCCUUUUCCAUUCACCACCACCAACGAGAGAAACAUGGCAUGCUUAUUUUCGACGGAUUGAUAGAGUUGAUAAGGAAUUCCGAGACUGCUUUGAUAAUUUGGAAUCUUAUGCAAAGGGGCUUCCUAACCAGUUACCUCAAAUUGAACCUCUGAAUCGGCUACGUGCUGUGUUCCAGGAAGAGCAGAUGGAUGUGCAGAUUAUGGAAACCGUGGAAUCAAUGAUAGACUGCGAGAACUGGAAUGAAGGAAAUUUUCAAACUUACAUGUAUCUUGGUGAAUUUCUUCGACUGCAACGUCGCCGCCCCUCCUGCAUCGUGCCUCGUCCAUUAUCUUGUUCUCACUGGGCAACCGGCAUGUCACCGCAUGCACAGUUUGAGACUGCUUUCGCUCAGUUUCAAAAGGAGUUGCUGAAAAACAAAACGGGUAUAUUUCCUACGUUUCUUGAACGGACUGCUGUUGGAAGCAUCGUGGAGCUGAGAUUUGGAGUCCUGUUCGAGAAACAAAUUGUUUUUACGCAAAAGAUGUUGAUGGUAGAAAAUGCUGGCGUCAUCGAACAAAUGCUAUUUAUUGCUCCUCACGAGGAAUGGUCCUUCUAUACGGAUCUUGGCGAAAAAAGAGUAGAUCUGACUAAAGCAUCCCAGUACAUCGUUUACCAGAAGCUCACCACGCAAGCAAAUCUUCACUUAAUGCAAACUAUCAAUACUCAGGAGUUUCGCUGGACUGCGCAAACUUUGCACCAACUCAGCAGUGCCUUUGGAAAAUUCCAACAUGUAUUUGAAGCAACUUGCAGAAACUGCAAGAAAGUAAUGAAGGACUUCCUACCUCCCCUGAUAUUCGACUUCCGUAACCUCAAGAAUGCUCUACACGAAACUUGUCGUUAAUAAUGCUGUUUAAGAUUGGUAAUAUUUGCUUUUGUCUUUCUCCUGCAAGUCUUCUUCUAACAUCUUCCGCUUGUAAAUAAGUGUUUUAAUAUCAAUUUGUAAAAGUCAUCAUUAUCAAUUACCAUCCGGGAUUAAUCGUUCUGUAGAUGUUAUAGGUCACUAGUCCGUAUCUCAUCGUGAUCUUUUAUCACUAAUUUUAAACGUGUUUUAAUCAACCGGGUAAUGUGAUAAAAUAAAUGGUUCAAGUGUCA